GCUGCAGGGAGGAUGCCUGGAGAGUCUGGAGUGGACUGGGAGAUGGACUUGGUGGUCUUCGAGGAUGUGGCUGUGGACUUCACCCCGGAGGAGUGGGCUUUGCUGGAUGGUGCUCAGAGGAAGCUCUACAGAGAUGUGAUGCUUGAAACCUUCAAGAACCUGGUCUCAGUAGAUAAUGAGAUUCAACUUAAAACCAAUGGGUCCAUUUCUCAGCAGGAUAUUUUUGGAGAGAAAUUAUCCAACGAGCAGAAAAUAGCAAGGUUCACAAAAAGUGAUUGCUGGACCUCCCUUUUAGGAGAGAAUUGGGAACACCAGGAUAUUGAAGAUAAGCACAACAACGAGGGGAGACAUUUGAGAAAUCGUAUUGUGGAGAGAUUCUGUGCUAGUAGUAAAGGUAAUAAAUAUAGAGUAACCUUUAGGCGUAUUGCAAAUCGUAAGCUGUACAAGAAAACUUCUACUAGAGUAAAGCUGUAUGAAUGCAGUCAGUGUGGAAAAGUCUUCAGGCAUCGUUCAUCCCUUAAGAGGCACAAAAGAAGUCACACUGGACGCAAACUAUAUCAAUGUGAGGAAUGUGGAAAAGCCUUCAGUUGUUCUUCAUACCUAAGGAAUCAUGUGAAAACUCACAGUGGAGAAAAACCUUAUGCAUGUAAACUUUGUGGGAAAACAUUUAUUCGUUCCCAUUCCCUCACUGGACAUAUAAGGAGUCACACUGGAGAGAAGCCCUAUGAAUGUAAGGAAUGUGGGAAAGCCUUCAGUUGUCCUAAAUCCUUUCGAGUACAUGUGAUGAUGCACAAUGGAGGGAGACCCUAUGAAUGUAAGCAGUGUGGGAAAGGCUUCAGUUGUCCCAAAUCCUUUCGUGUACAUAUGAUAAUGCACACUGGAGAGAAACCCUAUGAAUGUAAGCAGUGUGGGAAAGCCUACUGUUGGCUCACGUCCUUUCAAAGACAUGUGAGAAUUCACAAUGGAGAGAAACCCUAUAAAUGUGACAAAUGUGGGAAAGCAUUCGGUUGGCCCUCAUCCUUACACAAACAUGUCAGAAUGCAUGCUGAAGAGAAGCCUGAAUGUAAGCAAUGUGGGAAAGCCUUCAACUGGCCCUCACUCUUCCAAAAAAAGAAAGUGCAGACUGGAGAGAAACGCUAUAAAUGUGAAAAAUGUGAGAAAACAUUCAGUUGGUCCUCAUCCUUACACAAACAUGUCAAAAAGCAUAAUGAAGAGAGACCUAUAAAUGUAAGCAAUGUGGGAAAACCUUCAACUGACGCUCAUCAUUCCAAAAAUGUAAAAAUGCAGACUAGAGAGAAACCCUAUAAAUGUGAAAAAUGUGGGAAAACAUUCGGUUGGUCCUCAUCCUUACACAAACAUGUCAGAAAGCAUACUGGAGAGAAACCUAUGAAUGUAAGCAAUGUGGGAAAGCCUUCAGUUGGCUCUCAUCCUUCCAAAACUGUAAGAAUGCAGACUAGAGAGAAACCUUAUAAGUGUGAAAAGUGUGGGAAAGCUUUCAGUUGUCACAAAUCCUUUCAAAGUCAUGUGAGAACCCAUAGUGGAAAGAAACCGUAUAAAUAUAAGUAAUGUGGGAAAGCCUGAUGCAAGUUAAUUCAGGUAUAACAGUUUAGAAAAUUCACACCAGGAGAGAAAUCUUAUAAUAGUUAUAAAUAUAGUGCCUUGAGCAGUACUGCAUCCUGAAAGUGGGCCCCUAGCAAAUGAAUUUCCAUUUCUUUUUCAAGUAGAGGUUGAGAUUAGAAUUAUCUAAGUAAUCUAAGUAUAUCUAUAGUACAUGAAUUUUGAUAUAUAGUGAGUUUUUUUCCUCAUACAUUCAGUUAAUAAUUUUUGUUUCCAUUUUGAAGUGUGAUGCACCCAUGGGUGAUUUGAAAUGUAUUUUAAAUAUGCAUCAGGUUUAAUUUUUAUAUAGUUUUUUAAAUUGUUCUGUAAGUAUGGGGCCAUUAGACCAAUGUAAUAUUGGUAUUUGUUGAGGUUUUCUUACUGGCCCAGUGUGUUCCAAACUGGAUAUCCCUUACCCAUUACAUAUAGUCCAUCUUACUAUUUUACUGAAAGAACCUACAAUUUUUAAUGUCAACACUUUUUACCUACAUAAAGUGUGUAUUUUCAACAACUCUUUUUUUGGCCAGAGGAUCAUUAUUCCAUUUUGCUGGCUUGCAAAUUUGUAAAUAUGUAAGUUGGCAGAAAUGUGUAAGUAUGAAAAGUCUUGAAAGAAUAUAGUUUCGUAUGAACUACUAUUUUCAUCUGUUGCUGUAUGUUCAUUGUCUUGCCUCUGGCUGGCAAUUGGACACUAGGUUUGAAUUAAGAAGAGAGACAAUGAAAUCUAGAGGUGGAGAUGGUUCUGUUGGAUUGCAUUAUAUCAACAUAGGUAAGGCUAGAAACUACAUUUCCCAGGAUGCCUUCUCUAUAUGGUUCCAUGACGGAAUUCUGUAAUGGCCCAAAUCGCAUGAGAUUUAGAAGAAGCAGUUAUUCAGUUUAUUGAGCAACCACUAUACAAGGAGAUGGACAGAUGUGUGGGGACCUUGUGGACAUCAGCCUCCAGCUUAUUUUCCUGAUUGCUGGCCCUUCCAAUCAAAAGUAUCUUCAAAACAAACACCAACUGUUUGACUUCCAUUUUGUCAGAGGUGUAGGCUUCCACAGACAUCUCUACCAGCUUUCCCACCAUGGAUGCAUCUCCAUGGUCAGAUGUCCAGUUUGCCUUUUCCUGCAAUCCCUGUGCCGACCACCAAGCCAGUGAUUAGGAUGUCAUGGCUGUUGACCUUAUCUGAUGCUCUGACUCUCCUUUUCUGUAGAGCUUACCAUAUUUAUAUUGUCUAAUCUGCAUAGUGAACACCUCAUUCUCUUAAUACUUCUCAUGCUUCUGUGUUUCUCAUUCCACUGUAACAGAUACAAUGGUGCAGCUAUGAGAACACAUGGGACUGUAUUUCCCUACUGCAUCGUGAGAGGCUCCCUGGCCCGGUACUUCUCUGAGAUAAAUAAGCACGUUAUUGACAUAUUGGGCAGACCGUGUGGGUUUUCUUAUACAGAGCUGAAUACAAGCCCUCGGUGUGUGUUCAAUUAAUUUUGAUUAUGUGUGAUUAAACAUAAUGUGUAUUUUUUUGGUUGAACAAAAGCUGUGUUUCUGAGAAAUAUCCUAUUAACUGUUUUCAAAUAAAUUGUAU